CCCAAUCAAUUCUCAACAUCUCAUAUUUACAGUUUAGCCACUGCCUGAACCCUCAACCCCUCUUUCUCUUCUCCGUUCCACCCACCCACCCCCACCUUCUGUCUGUUCCGGCUAAACCUUCACAACGUGGAUUCAUUUUGUUAUAUAUACGAUUUUGAUGGACUUUGUGGUUGAUGAUCACAUCAGUGCUGAUGAGGAAGAGGGCUCAGUUGUGGAACUCAGAACAGUAGAUGAAAAUGUGAUUGGAGGAAGUUCCAGUGAGGAGGCACUUCACCAGGUGCAUGAUGUCAAGGUGGAUGAAGACCUUCCUGAAAGGGAGGACCUUAUAUUAGAAGAAGCACAAUCUCUCGAUAAUUCAACUUCAGAUGAACCUUUCGUUGGCCUGGAGUUUGAAUCUGAAGCCGCAGCACAUGCAUUUUAUAAUGCAUAUGCAACAAGGGUGGGUUUUAUCAUCCGGGUUAGUAAGCUUUCGCGAUCUAGGCGUGAUGGCUCCGCCAUUGGUCGAGCACUAGUUUGCAACAAGGAGGGUUUUAGAAUGCCUGAUAAGCGGGAAAAGAUUGUGCGACAGAGAGCAGAAACAAGGGUUGGUUGCAGAGCAAUGAUAUUAGUUAGAAAAAUAAGCUCUGGGAAAUGGGUUGUCACAAAAUUUGUCAAGGAGCACUCUCAUCCAUUGUGCCCAGGCAAAGGUCGCAGGGACUUGAUCUAUGAUCAAUACCCGAACGAGCAUGACAAAAUCCGGGAGCUAUCUCAACAACUGGCAGCUGAGAAAAAGCGAUCUGCUACAUAUAAGAGGCAUUUGGAAAUGAUAUUCGAGCACAUUGAGGAGCACAAUCAAUCUCUGUCUAAGAAGAUCCAAGAUAUUGUACACAAUGUAAGGGAGUUGGAGUCCAGAGAUGAACAUCAUCAUAGAUAGUUUUAGCUUAAUAUGCCUUUGUUGAUAUUAGUGUAGAACCUAAGUUCAGUAAAGAUCAUAAUGAUUACUGUCUUGACUUGCCUUUUUUUUUUUUCUCUCCCUGUUAUUCUUUUCAUUUUCUUUGGGAAGAGUAUGAAAAAUUUAAAACCAGACCAUAUUUUGUGUUCACCUUUUUUUUUUCCUUUUCCUUUUUGGGUAGAAUUGUGGAAACUUAGGAAAAAUUGACACAGAAUGUCUACUUCUGGUGCUUCCAUUGUAACAUUCUUUUGGAAGGUUGGAGUCACCUUUUUUCAUUUUUGUAAAAUCUCAAGUCCAUUUCAUUA